AGGUGUGUGCAGGUUAUGUAAAUUUAUAAAAUUGUUAAUGAAAAUAGAAAGGAUUGCUGCACAUAUUGUUAAUAAGACUUUGCUAUGGUAUUCUUAAAUCUUCCUCUGAUGGUAAGGGCCCGCGGCCCUGAUGAAUUCUGGCGGAAAAGGCGCAUCUUUAAGCUCGCGGCGCAUUAUCGCAGUCGAACACGGAAUGUUUACACCUUUGCCAUACGCAGCGUACAUCGUGCCCUCGCCUAUGCAACCAAGGGGCGUAAGCUCAAGAAACUGGAUAUGGCACAGCUGUGGACAACGCGUGUUGAAGCCGGUUGCCAACAGUAUGGAGUUCCUUUAGACGCCUUCAAGGAGGGCCUUGCACGUUCUGAUAUAUUGCUAAACAAAAAAAUAUUGUCGGAAUUGGCUAUUUGGGAGCCACGCUCGUUUGAGGCUUUGGUCAAUAUUUCUCGGGAACGUGCUGCUGUCGAAGGCUACCCCGACAUUAAACGAAGGUCCGCUUUUAACCAGGUCUAUGGAUUGAAUAACCUAAAACUGGAUUAGAUUUAAGUCUCUAGAUGCAAAUAUAGUUUUUAUAUGUUAACACUG